AUGACUGAGACACGCGCCCAGAAGAGGGACAGGGAAGCGAGGCAAGCGGCUGCGGCUGCGGCUGCGGCUGCUCCUGCUGCGGUUGUCAUUCCUGCGCCUGUGCCUGUUCAUCCUGCGCCUGCGCCUGCUCAUCCUGUUCCAGCUCCACCUGUGCCUGCUAUUUCUGCUGGAAAUCAUAAAAGAAAGCGUAAUCAGGGCAGCCCUGACGCCCUGUCGGAAGAAGGCGAAGCAGAGACACAACAGCAAGCCGCGGGAGAAGCCAAUGUUCUAGAGCAAGUGGUAGAAGUCGCCAACGUUGAAGAGCCGGGAAGGAAGCGCAACAGAUCAGGAAGAGGCGAUGGAAAUCUACCGAAUGCAGAUGGAGUUCCAUAUGGAUCCGAAAGAGCCGGAGAUGGGCUACUUCAAGACGAACAAGAGUCGGAAGGGCAGGGAGAGCAACUCCCAGAUCAACCCAUGGGACCUCUGAAUCUCCUACAACUUCUAGGUUCACGUCAUGCUACUAUCCAAGAAGAGAUACUGAGGAACCUCGGACCUUUCGAGAUCAUCGCACUGAGUCGUACCCACAAAGACUUUCACGACAUGAGAAGCGCUCUCCGCAAUACCAACUAUAACAUCAACGCGAGACUAGGCCAUCUCUUCGACGAUACUGUCGCCUUCCGCAUGCUUUUGGCCCGUUGGCAAGGCAUAAUCAGUGGUAGUUUUGUUGAAGAAUUCCUGAACCGUAGUGGCCUCGUACCCACAAAUUUGGACCUUCGUCUACCGCCACAUAGUCACGCUCAGACGUAUGCACUCCUGUUAGGCGAGGGCUACAAUUUGAGAGAGGAUUCAGAAGAUGAAGAUGGAGAUUUUGAAGACCCUUGGGAUUUUGUAUACAGCAAACAUCACGCGAAAUACGGCGAGUUGCGAGUUAAUGUCCGCCAGACCAAGCCCCCACCAAUCCUUGAUCUCCUCGAGGGUGCAACCACAACCUUUGAUUGCAUGUUCAUCACACACGAAAAGGCAUAUAUGUUGUUUCCUGACCUGACGUACAAAAGAAAGCAAGCGUAUGUAUUACUUACCACUAAGUACUUUGAGGGCCGCGAAAAUUACGCAAAGCAUGGGUGUAGGGUCAUCAACACUAGCUUAGUGGAGAGCGUUGAAGCCGAAAUGGCUUUACCUCGUCGCAUUGGCGAUGCGAAGACCUGGACAUUACCAUUGGACAUGCAAGGCUUAGAGGAUAUUCCGGAAUAUUCGCCCCUCACAAACGUCGAGCACAUGACCUUCAGACUCGCAGUGGCUGACCCCUCCAGCGACCCCAGACAUUACACAAUGGCGGUCCGAUCGGUCUCUCAAUGUGUCUUGAGAAAUCCUUUUGUUAUUAUGGAUUGGGAUGAGGACUUUGGCCAAAAUCGCCAGGCGACUGAGCGCUUCAACGACCGAGUUGACGUACAUCCCAUCAGGCGUUACCUCGAAAAGCAGGAUCAGAUGAAACGGAAACUGCAGGAUUAUUCUAUGAUCGCUUUGAAGAAGAUUGAAGAAGCAGAGAGACCAGUGGAUGACGUGGAGAAGGUUGCGGAAGAGUUCUUUGGGUCUCAAGCCAAAAUACCGACCCAUUGGCCCACAUACGACGAUGAAGUGCACGAAGCUUUGGAUGAGGCGUGGAAAGAAAUGCAGGACUUGCUUAAAACACGAAAGUGA